AAACAGCUCCUCCGGGUCCUCGAACCAGCGCACUUGCUCAUAGCGAGCACAUCCGCAGCGACGCUAUGAAGUGCUUCCUGGUUAUCACUUUGGUGCUGGCUGCCGUAGUCGCAGUCCGAAGUGAAGCCACCAAGGAUGACAAGGAUAAGAAGCAGGACAAGAGAGGCAUCUUGAGUGGCAUCGGAGGCGGCUAUGGAGGUGGCUAUGGAGGCGGCUACGGAGGCGGCUACGGAGGCGGCUACAGCCUGGGUGGCGGAUACGGCUCGGGAGGAUACGCUCUCGGCUCCGGGAUCGGCCUCAGCUCUGGCUACAGCUCCGGCAUCGGCCUGGGCUCCGGAUACAGCCUGGGCUCGGGCAUAGCCCUUAGCUCCGGCAUUGGCUCCGGAUAUUCGAUCGGCUCCAGCUCCGGGCUCGGCUCCGGCUACGGUCUCGGCUCCGGCUACGGACUCGGCUCCGGCAUUGGCAUCGGCUCUGGUAUCGGUUCCGGUAUUGGACUGGGCUCCGGUAUCGGCUCCGGCAUCGGCUCCGGCAUCGGUCUGGUGGCUUCCGCCGCGCCCGCCGUGCAGACUGUGACGCGGACCGUGGCUGUUCCAGUGCCCCAGCCCAUCCCUGUGACCGUCAACAGGCCCGUGCCCGUACCUGUAGCACAGCCCGUCCCAGUGUCGGUACCCAGGCCCUACCCCGUCAGUGUCCCUCAUCCCGUACCUGUCUCUGUGCCCAGGCCGUACCCUGUGAGUGUGCCCAGGCCGUACCCCGUCGCUGUUCCUCAGGCCGUGCCUGUGGCAGUUCCUCAGCCCUACCCCGUCAGCGUGCCUCACCCCGUUCCCGUGCGAGUGCCCCAGCCCGUGGCUGUGCCAGUGCCUCACCCCGUGCCUGUGGAUAGGCCAGUAGUCGUCGGUUCCAGUGGCCUGGGAGGAGGAAUCAGCAGCAUCGGCCUCGGAGGAGGUAUCGGCUACGGAUCUGGAAUCGGAGGAGGCAUCAGCGGUGUCAGUCUUGGUGGCGGCAGCCUGGGAGGUAUCGGCUACGGUUCGGGAUACAACUACGGAUCUGGAUCGGGUAUCGGAUCUGGCUACAGUUCUUUGUCUGGUAUCGGAUCCGGCUACAACUCUGGCAUCGGGCACGGCAUCAGCAGCAUCGGCCUGGGAAGUGGCAGCUACGGAGGUAUCGGCUAUGGUUCGGGAUCCGGCUAUGGAUCCAGCUACAGCUCGGGCGGCGGUUACAGCUCUGGAUCUAGCUACAGUUCUGGCGGGGCCCUCCACGGCACCUACGUCCCGAGUUACCUGGGCGGCCUGAACGGAGGGUCAUCUUAUGGUUCCUACGGCGGGUACAGCAAGCACCACUAGGAGAUUGAAGCCGUACUUCAUUUCAUGUCAUUUCUCACCACUUAUUCAUUGCAAUUAUGCUACCUUUUUUUAUUAUCAUCUGUUACGUCUCAUUAUUAGUAAAAAAAUGUUAUCUGUUUUAUUCACAGUCAUCAUGUUUUCACUCUCUAAGAACUGCAAUGUUAUAUUUUGUAUAACUGUUUAUAAGCAAAUAUAUUUUUUAUUUUAAAUACUGCUUUUGAUUUAUUAUAACUUUUAUCUUUCCUGAGAUAAUUGAGUUAUAUCAUGACUCUCUUAGCCAAAUGCCUGUUUAUUUUACAUUGUUUUCCAUAUGUUACUCGAAAGACAACUCAAGCAAUUAUCAACACAAUAUAACAUACCACGUCACUAAAACUUGAGAAUAAUUUUUAAAUACCAAUGGUGUUUUCUCAUUAACAUUGAUAUUUCAUUGUAUGUACCUAUAUAUGCUGUAUUAAAAUAGAGAAACUCAAUGCACAUUUAAAUAUUAUCUAAUUAAAAACUAAAAAUUUAAGAGUCUAACUUAAAAUAUAUGUUAAUACUUUCAAGUUUCUCAUGUAAAACUCUUUUCCAGUAAUUUUUCGGGUAACUAGAAAGAAAAUAUAUUUUUAUUCUAUAAAA